CAUUAUCCACUGUGAGGACUGGGGAGUCCCCACCAAAGCAGAUCGCAGGCCCCAGGGAGCAUUCUACUCUCUUGUGUCUCUGCCGCUUCGGCGUCGCAGCAAAGAGAGAGGUAGUUCCAGAUUGCGAUCACGUUGGCUUUGCCAGAUGUCAGGAUAAGAUACGAAGGCGCAUUUGCCUGCUACUAACUGCUCCUAUCUGAGGGCGAGUCAAUUGGCACCCUCUCUCUCUCCAUCAUUCGUCAUCCUGUUUGCAAUUUCCCAUCGAUUUGGUGCGGAUAGACAAGACUUUCCUACCAUAUUUGCCUGCACCAAAGACCAUGACUCGAGCUCUGAGUCUCGCCCUUCCACAUGGUCUUGCCGUUCACGACCAUCGAAGCUUCCAAGGGCGCCCCCUGGCCUUUGCGGGAUUCGUUUCCGUCCCUGCAACUCUCAGGAAGACGUCUCACUGCAAAACCCAUUUCAAGCAUUCAAGGGAGAUACGGAUGCAGAUGGGUGGGGAGGACGACGAGUCAGUGAGGCAAAUGAAGGAGAUGGCUGCGGCAAAGAAGAGAUGGGAAGCAUUGGUCAGGCAAGGUAAAGUUGUAGCUCUUUCAACCAAGGAAGCUGGGUAUGCAGUCCAAUUGUCAAAUAAAGCUCUUCUCGAUGUUCGUCCUUCAGUAGAACACAAGAAGGCCUGGGUCAAGGGAUCUACUUGGAUACCACUAUUUGACGUGGAUGACAAAGUGGAUGUAGGAACAUUAUCCAGAAAGAUGUCAAAUUUUUUGAUGGGAGGUUGGUGGAGUGGUGCUCCCACAUUAGUCUAUCAAACUGACUUCAUUGGAAAGGUGGAGGAGACGUUUCCUAAAGAUGCCGAUCUCAUUGUUGCAUGCCAGAAGGGGUUAAGAUCUCUUGCUGCUUGUGAACAACUAUAUAAUGCAGGUUACAGAAAACUAUUUUGGAUUCAAGGUGGUCUCGAGUCUGCUGAGGAUGGGGAUUUUGAAAGGGAAGGUCCACAACCUUUUAAGUUUGCUGCAAUUGGUGGAGUAUCUGAAUUUCUCGGUUGGACCGACCAGCAAAGGGCUGCAGCUGCAAAAGAAGGCUGGGGAUAUCGAUUUAUUUUCUCUGCAAGACUGGUUGGACUAUUUCUACUUGCAGAUGCCCUAUUUAUCGGUGUUCAGCAGGCUGGUAGUUUUCUUCAAGACCUGAGGGCUCCUCACUGAUUCAUCUAUUUUCCACUGAGAAUUCAUCCUUCAUGCACUAAUCAUGCUCAUCAGUGUUUGGGAGGGUGGUAGUUUCCUUCACUGAUUCAUCUGCUGUCCACCAAGAAAUUAUCCUUUGCACACAGUCUUGUUUAUUGGUGUUUAGCAAGCUGGUAGUUUCCUUCAAGACCUGUGGCCUCCUCACUGAUUGAUCAACUUGCUACUGAGGAUUCAUCCUUUGUGCAUGAACCGUAUAAACAUUGUGAAAGAUUUUGAAGUGAGCUUUUCUUUGACAUGCCAAGAUCUUUGUAAUGGUCCAAUUUUGUCAAAAGCUGUUUAUUCACACUUACAGCAGGAACUUUAAAACUAUGUGUUCCAUGUGGGCAAUUAUUCUUUAUCUUUUUAGUUUUUA